AGGCGUUCCUCGGCCAACUCACGUCUGCCGGGCGCCUACACCAGCGGCCCGCUCAGCGCCAGUCAUCCGUGUUGACGUUAACCUGCAAGGUAACGUGAGCUGGCGUGCAUCGCUCCCGUCCCCAAGACAGGUGACCCGACCACGCGUCAAGCUCUCAUAUAACCGCGCGUCCGUCCUGUUCCUGUCUUGCUUGUCGUCAUUCAGUCAAUUUGACGGACCCGGAUUACAGUCCUAAAACAGUGAAGCCUAAUCGCAUCUCAGUGCAUACCUACUCACCAAUAAGAAUCGCAAGCCAUCAUGAGGCUUUCGGGCACUGUCGCACUGCUCGGUGCAUCGCUGCACGGGGUUGCCGCAUGGGGAAGUCUGGGUCACAUUGCGACUGCGUAUCUAGCCAGCCACUUUGUCGCCAACACAACCGAAGUCUUCUUCCAGGACCUGCUACGAAAUGAUUCCGAGCACUACCUCGCCGGCGUCGCCACUUGGGCCGACACGAUCCGGUACACGCGCUGGGGACACUUCACCGGGCCCUUCCACUUUAUCGACGCCAAAGAUAGUCCGCCCGAAUACUGCGGCGUCGACCUUGAGCGGGACUGCAAAGACCAAGGCUGCGUCGUGACGGCACUCGCAAACUACACUGCACGGUCUCUGGAUCGCAAGCUGAGCGGGUGGGAACGCAACCAGGCGGCGAGGUUCGUCGUGCACUUCAUCGGCGACAUGCACCAGCCUCUCCACAACGAAGAUGUGGCCCGGGGAGGCAACGGCAUCCACGUGAAGUGGCAGGGCUCCGACUACAACCUGCACCACGUCUGGGACAGCUCCAUUGCCGAAAAGCUGAUAGGAGGCUCUCGUCGGAGGCCCUACGACAACGCGAAGAAAUGGGCGGAUGAGCUUGCUGACGAGGUCAAGACUGGAAAGUUUGCUGCGCAAAAGGCAGAGUGGCUGAAGAGUCUGGACUUCAACAACGUCAACGCUACCGGCCUAGAGUGGGCGAGAGAGGGAAACGCUUUCGUGUGCACCCACGUAUUCCCAGAGGGGCCGCGAGCUAUUGUCGGCCAAGAACUUAGCGGCGAGUACUUCCAAAAGGCGGCACCUGUGAUUGAGCUUCAGGUCGCCCGCGCGGGUGUGAGAAUGGCUGCUUGGCUGGACCUCAUCGCCGCGGCAUACCAAGACCUGGCGAAGACGGCCGAACCUGUUAUGGAAGACUUGUAAGAUUUUGAGAUGAGACGCCAAGGAAGUUGCGCUGUUUGCUCCGCGCGACUUCCUGUACAAGACCCUCGUUUAUCA